AUGAUGAUACAAAUUAUAGAUAAAAUUCAAGAUUUAAAAAAACAAAUUCAAGCUACCAUCAACAAUAACAAAAGUGAAAAUAAAACAUUAUCUGCUCAAGCUCCCAAAUUGGAAUUAUCAAAUGAAUCAACUACUACAACUCUUCAGAAACCAGAUACUUUAACAUCAACCUCAAAUUUACAAAAUUCCACAAUAACGAACGAUUAUAAUGAUAUUAUACCACCAACUCACUGUAAACGUAUUUUAUAUGGCUCAAAGGUUUUUAAAUAUUCAGAUCAACAAUUACCAAAAGUUUUAUACUCUGUAUUGAUGAAGAUGUAUUACUCUAGAAGAAAAUCAGAAAUUCCUUUACUUGAUGUAAAAAGAAUGUAUAUACAAGUAGUUCAAUCUUCAUGGUUUUGGGUCAACAUUAAUAUCAAAAAAUUACAUUAUUUUAUAGAUACCCCAUUGAAAUUAGUUAAGGCAUGUGUUUUAUUAUAUGAUUUAAAAGGAGGAGAACAUGGAAGAGUAUGGUUAUGUUGUGUCUUUUUUGGUAUUUUGGAAGGACAUGUUUUCGUAUUAAAAUUCUCAAAAUGUAAUAUUAAACCAGAAAACGAAUUGAUCAAAGAGUGUGAAAAGUGGAGAGAACUUUGGGGUUUGGGUGCACAUGUUGGAACUUGGAACUCCAAGCCAGCUUUAAUGAUGCCAUAUGUAUCACCAGCUUCUCACAAUGAUUGGAAAAAUCAAGAUUUUAUUGCUUUAGUAACCAAUACAAUCGAUAAACUCUCUAAAAUGAAAUUUCAUCACCCAAGAUUUAAAAAAAUGCCACGUUGGUAA